AUGCAGUUCGGGAUAUUAGGUGAGGUCGGCAAGCUGGAGUUGGCAAGGAAUCCAAUAUUGAAAGAAAUAUUGUAUUCAAGAACAACAAGGCAGUAUCCUCUUGAGAGAAUAGAAACAAGCCUUAAAACAUUAUCAUCUUACUUGAACCAUAAGGAAUCCUUAGGGACUAGUAGCCAGUCACGGAAUCUAUCCAACACUUAUAUAAGCCCAAUUGGAGACCGAAAUGCCAUGGCAAGGCUUUAUGCUAUUCCCAACGUUUUUCGCGAGCUGCAUCACCAUCACUCGGCAAGGUGUCACCUGGCAAACCCAAGAACCGUCAAUAUAAUCGGGUUUGGAGCCUUGCGGUUACUGCUGCCAUUGGAUGAGGGGGACAUGGAUGGCCUGACAGGCCUGCCACAGCAGGAUCAGGCUCCAUGCCAGGAGGAGCAAAAAUGGUCGGGUCCCGGGUAA